UGUUUUUAGAACAUCGUAAAUUGUAAAUUCUUGUCAAAAAAAGAAGGGAUCGCCUUAUAAUUGAAAUUGUGGUGUUUUUUCAGUGUUGUGAAUAGUUGUUUGAAGGUUUAUGGAUUUUUAACCUCUUUAAAAUAACUAUAAUAUCUACAUUUUAUGAUGAGGUAAAUAGUGAGAAAAUUAACUCAAUGAUUGUCAAUUACCAACAAAUACUUUUGUGGCGCUUGCCACUAUUAUGGACAACAUGACUGUAAAGGAAUAAGUAACAACAUGACCGAAAAGGGCUACGAGGGCGACCAGUCAUCAUCAUCGUGGGAUAUUCCAGGUCCUUCGUCACUCGCUGCAAUUCUGGACUCUGUUUAUACUUCUUCAGCCUCAGAUAAUCCUCCAAGAAGUGAGGAAAUGGAGUGUGACACACUCUUUGCUGAGAGUGAUGAUGAAGUUGAAGUGUUACCCUUAACAAGUGAAGCUUUAGAUACUGCCAGAUGUGAACCAGUCUCAAAACCAGUGUCUUCCAAUUAUGUGAAUUCUACUACACCAACACAACUGUAUGACUUAAAUAUAGCCUCAAUAGCACCUCCUAUUUCAUCACACACCCCUGUUCCUGAAGAAUAUCAACCACUACCUGAUAGUUCUAGCUCUUUAGACUACCUCAGCAGAAACAACUUGCACAGCACCAAUAUUAAUGGGCAGCAAUUCCCCGAUGUAAAUAUCAGAUACCAACCAAAACCGGUUCCAAUGAACCAAAGAGGGUAUUACUAUCCAAAUUAUCAGCACUAUGGUGCAAGUGUAAGACCUGCUCAUGAUUUUGUUUUUACUCCGUACCAUUCCAAUAAUGUCAUAGUCCUCGGUGAUGAUAGGAAUUAUUCACAACAACAUUUACCUUUCACAUUGCCACCAAAUCAGCUCCAAGGUGAAGAAAACAACAUAUCUCAAAGAAGUUAUGAUAGUUCACAAUCAUGUCCAGACAGCCAUACUUCGUCAAGACAGUCACAGAGCGAUGACAAUCAAAGACCUAUUGAUUUAGAGAGACCUAGCCGUAAACUCAACAUAUCACCAAGGAGAAGACAGUCAAAAGAAAAUGAGCGUUACAUGAACUUGAUAGAAGUUAGCUCAGAAGAAGAGGACAAUGCUUCAGUGCCUAGAAAGAAACAAUGUGAUAGUGGAGCAGAACAUCAAGCAUCUACUUCAAGUGCAGAAGUGCCAGUUAGGGACAAUCUUGUUUCUGUUGCAAGGACAGAGAUGGUUAAAAGAGAGCCACAAAGCAACAAUGAAAUAUUAUCACUGAGAAGAAGUGAAAACCCCAAUACGAAUGCUGCCAUUGAGCAUUUGUGUAACAGAAGAAGAUCCAGCAAUCAAAACUCAAAUCACAGAAGCGGACAACACAGUUGCACCCAAGAAAAUGUACAAGUGAAGCAAGAAAAUCAUAGUUGUGCUUGUUUCAACAGGACUAGCUGUAGUUGUGGAAAUCACAAUGCUGCAUGUCAUCCACAUUCACUACAAAAUGAGUGUCACAGACAUGACCAUAACCACUGUAAUCAUCAAAAUGGACCACAUCAUCAUCAUCAUCACCGCCACCACCAUCACCAUCACCAAUCUUACAGGCAAUGCAGUCCACAUAUUAGUGCAGGUGGGAAUAAUUCACUUACACAAGUAAAGGAGGAGCCAGGAUCUCAAACAUCCAGUACAGCUAGUAUUAAACAGGAACCUAAUCUCCGAAAUGCACAAUCGGAGGUGACUCCUAUGCCUGCAACAGUAAAAGUGGAAGCAAAAGAGGGUGCUGUAGUUAAAGUAGAGCCUGGUGUAACUAGUGAAGCCAGUACUAGUACUCCACAAAAUGUUACUGUUAAAUCUGAAACAGAAAGUUCAAGGAGAUGUUGUGAUAUCAAUGCCGGUGGUGAUAGAAGAGUCAAAAGCAGUUCACCACAACCUGGAACAAGUUCAGGACAAACAGCACCAUCGGAAUCUAGGCUCUCUUACAGCUGCGAACAGGAAGCUCAAACUAAUGAAAGUUCAGACUCCAUUGCUGUUUUGUCAGCACCUGACUUGCAGUUAGACUGGGUGUCUGAUUCCAGUUCUGAUGACGAUGUACAAGUUCUUGGUGAUGACAGUGCUCGUGUGGUGAUAGAUCUGACUAGCUCGCCGUCCCGCGAGGGUUCUGGCGAAGUGGCACAGUCCCCCCCUACCACGGUCCCGGUGCCGGCGCCGGCGCGGUCGCCUGCGCGCCGCCCCGCGCCCGCGGCCGACCCGCCCGCCUCGCCGUACCGACACCACCAUCCACCGCACGCGCAUAUACCUAGAUGUGCCUUGCGCAGGGAGCGCGCCGUGUGCACGGGCCGCUGUUGUUGCUCGCCGGCGCACAAUAUGUACCCGCCGCAUGCGCACAUGAACGACCGUCGAAGGGAUGUGAUGUCCAUCGCACCGCCUUACUUAGUGCACGAACGCCUGUGGCAUCGGCAGCAACAUAUGCUUGAGGUGCAACGUCGAAGUAUGAUGGGCGAUAUGAGGGGUGGCAACUGGCAUUUCCCGAGCGCCUAUGCCAUCCCACCACCGCCCACUGCCGUGCUCUCAUUCCAAGAUGAAUAUGAACCGCGCGAUCUACGCUCCCACCGGGUUGUGGGAGGACUGACCGCCGGUAUUGCGCCCGCUCCUAUGGUGCUCGAUGGGCAGCACAUACAUCAUCACAUGCAUCAUUAUCUGCAAAUGCAUCCUCCACAUUUGCACAUUUCGAUUCAACCAUCAGUAAUGGCGGAAGCGGGCGUAGAGGCCCGCGGUGCGACGCGCGCCGUCAUCGAACGCAACACGCUGCGGCACGCGUACGCCGCCUCUACCCGCGCCGACGACAAGUGCACCAUCUGCCUGUCCGCCUUCGAGGCCGCGGCCGACUGCAGGCGGCUUCCGUGUAUGCACUUAUUUCACAUGGAGUGUGUGGAUCAAUGGCUGAGCACAAACAAGCACUGCCCCAUCUGUCGAGUGGACAUCGAGACACAUUUAAACAAGGAUGCUACUUCUUAGAGAUUGUUUUAACUGUUUCUCUUCGAGGUGAGGGGAGCUGAUAAUAGCUUGUUGCUGCAACUCUAAGCUCUCCUGCUGUAGAUCAUGCGUCAAUUGCUUCUGAUUGUUGCAAGUUCUA